AGCAAAUAAAAAAGAGACGAGACAAUUCAAUGGAAGUAACGUUACCACAUGAUGUGGUAGAAGAUAUUCUUGAACGACUUCCCGUAGAAACACUCGUUAUAUUUAGACGCGUUUGUAGCACACGGAGAUCCACUAUCGAGUCACAACGUUUCAAGGAGAGACAUUAUAUGAUUCGUGGACAGUUACUCGAAGAUCCCGAUAUCCUCCUUCGCGGGCGUUGGGAUUCUCGCAAUCUACCCAACAAUGUUUCUCUAAUGACAUUGACGUUUGACUCAUCAACUACGCCGGUUUCUUUCAAGACUCAAACUAUACCGGGAAGAGCCAACUUUUUUAAGUCACUCAAAGUUGCGAUGGUCUCGUGUGCAUAUACGAUCUUGAGAGUUUGAUGUGUGUGAUGAAUCCGGCGACAAGAUGGCAGAGAAGUCUUCCACAGCCAGAAGUGCUUCAACAAUAUCAAUCGUUUGAUAGUUUGAUACACAAAUUCCCUUCGCUUGGGUUUGGUAAAGACAAUAUCAAAGGCAUAUACAAGAUGUUAUGUCUAUAUAAGUUCUACAAUUCAAACUACACAACAUGCGAGCUUUUCUGUUUUGCCACCAAUACUUGGAAACACAUGAAGAUCAUUCCUCCUUGUCAAAUACUAUCUUCCGAGAGGCCAGUCUAUGUAGACGGAUUACUUUACUGGUUAAUCUACGGAAAUCAAGAGAGGGAUACGGUAGUGGACAUACUAUGUUUUGAUCUUCACACGGAAAUAUUUAGUGUCAUGUCAUAUAGUCCGGUUGGCAAAACACUUCAUCCAUUGGUCGAGAUGAGCAGUCUCGAUAACCGGCUCUGCCUGUCCGUGCAGACGUUGACAGGGCUAGAUGUAUGGUUGGCAACAAACCAUAUAUGGAAAAAAGCAUAUAUAAUCGAUAAUCCUUUAGGCCCCUGGUUGUGUACAAAUCUGGUCGAUGGCUCCAGUAAGCGUUUUGGGAAAGAAGAAGAAGAAGAGGUUACUGAUUUAUGAUUCGAACAUGGAGGCUACUGGUUUAGUGUUAUAUGAUAUGAGUCAAUCAGAAAGAACGUUUCCUAAUUUUUGUUUAUCAUUCCAAAACGGAGAGACACCCACUACUUAUUUCCCAAGCUUAAUCACUAUUUAAAUUUUGACAUAGUUAAUGAAAUUGUGACGUUAGACCUGCUUUUGUA